CAGCGCGGAGAGUGUGCCGUAGUCUAUUUUGAAGUGUCUUCGUUUCAUCAACUAGAUACGAAUUUUGAUUGUUAUCAAUAAGUAUGCAGAGAGAAGAAAAGCAGCUGGAGGCCUCCCUCGAUGCCAUCACUCAGAAAGUGCGAGAUCUCAAGAACUCACUGACCACGUUUCUCCUCAAGCUUGAGCAUGAAUAUGAGGUCUUGAACUGGCCAACAGUAUUGGACAGCUUUGCUCUCAUCUCAAGUCAGUUAAACAGUUUGAACAAGAUCCUCAAGAGUGACAAAUGUCCCAUGUUAAGGAAUCGUGUUCUGCUCGCUCUCAGAUUGUCUGCCGAUCAUGACCCAGAACUAGAGAAAUUAACCGAAGGUCGAGUGCUAGCGUUCAAUCAUGAAGUCGUGCCGGACUAUCUGCGUACAAAGCCGGAACCAGAGGUGGAGGAGCGUGUGAAUCAGAUGAGCGUCAAAGCCAGCCAGCUUCCUCCUGAUGCCUUACAGAAACAAAUCACAGCUCUCAACAAGAUCUCAAAUCACAUCUUAGAUAUCAUCAACACUAAUCGAGAAGAAUGGGAAAGUGAAGUCAAUGCAAAACAGCAACAGCCUCAGACGUCCUCUCUGACAGACACGAAUGCCUUGAUUGCUGCCGCAAGCUUUGGGAAAGGUUUGAAAGCAUUACGCAGAUCAGACAGUGGUUCCGGGGGACCAACACCACCGCCUACAAUUCCUACCCCUCAACAACCACAAAUUCCCACCCCUAACAUCAACAUCAGCAAGGCACCAAGUUCAAUAAAGACUACCAUCAAGUCAGCUGGAGGAGUACAUCCUUACCAACGGCCAUGAAUGUUUGGAGUGACGGUUCUUGCUUUCAUGUAUUCUUGGCAUUGCCACGGACAGUCUGUUCACAGGUUCUAUUGAUGUACAUGUAUGUGUUGAUAUCUGUGUACAUAUGUAUCUUUCCUCAUGGAAUAAAAGUUCUCAUGACAUGUACAGCCAUGAUUUUGUCAA